CGAAUGUUUAAUAUUCCGUGCGACUUAGCCGCGACUUAGCUCUCGAUUCACUCGCGGCCGAUCAGUUCGCCACCGACGAGAGCCAAGUGCGCACCCGCGACCGCGUGAUGCCACGACUCUCGGUCCCUCGUCACGGGUCGCGUACUCCGUCCGUUUCCUCGCGAUCCUCAAGACCGUGAUCCUUGCGAUCCUCGCAAGCAAUUUCCCGUCAGGCGAAAAUUCACUCCGAUGCGACCGUCUCGAUUCCGUAACGUUCUUAAAACAUCGGGCAAAUUUCAGGGAGACUUUGGGAAUUUUUUGAAGAACUCUGAAUCUACAGGCCCUAAAGAAAAUUUUCAAAUUACAAAUACAAGCUGCAGAAUUUAUGUGAAUUUAAAAUGUUAAUAAUUACAAAUAAUAUCAGAAGAAAUAUUAUUUAGAAGAAAUAUUAAUUAUUAAUUUCUCGUUACAAUUGAUUUAAGGUUGCAUACAUCUGUGAUUUUGAUAUCCGUCACAGACUCAUAAAGAAUUAAAAAGAAAAGUUUUUAGUGAAUUUGAAAGCAACGUAGCAUACCUGUAACAAUAGUUUAAUAUAAAUUUCCGGAGUUAUGUUAAAAUCGUUGCAAAACAGAAAAUCUAAGGGUGGUUAAUCUGGUGAAGCUGAUAAUCCUCAUUAUUAAUUUAAUCUGGAUGAGUGAUAAUAAAUAUUUAAUUUUGCUCCAAAGUGUUUGUAUAGAAAGCUGAAUUAAGAAGUUGUUACAAUGAGUGAUAUCGAUAUUUAUCACGAUCGCUAAGAUCGCAGAUUAAUUCUUCAAAUCAACGUGAUAUUCCAGCCAGUUCAUUUCAUAAACUUAGGAAGGGACAUCGAUCAAAUUCUCUGAUCUAAUACGACGGCGCGGAAACGUAUAUAUUCAUCGACGUGUGCACAAGUGAAAAAUGAUUUUGCGCGAGGAGAAAGAAGAUAAACAAGUGCUCUAGUUAUGAUUGACAGAAUAUGUUAUACGGUUCGACGGACAAAAACUUCUGGAAGUAUGAGUAACAACGUGCUCGCCAGCGCGUCGUUCUCGAGAAGAAUUUGGCACGGUGCUCCUGAAUGGAUAAAAGAUGACGGUCUCUUAUCAGUACGAGGUCGCCAGUUCCACCAGCGGUGGAUUCACCAGGCUCCUGUUUAUGUGGCGCGGUUCCCUCUACAAGCUCAUCUACAGGGAACUGCUGCUCUUUCUGCUACUUUUCGGCAUCUUGUCUGCGCUCUAUCGCCACGUCUUCACUGCCGCGCAAAAAAGGGAAUUCGAGCAAGUUGUCAUCUACUGCGAUAGCUUGAUCAAACUAAUCCCACUGAGUUUCGUGCUUGGAUUUUAUGUUUCCUACGUGGCGCAGAGAUGGUGGAAGCAAUACACAGCGAUACCGUGGCCCGACAAAGUGAUGCAUCUCGUGGCGCUCUACAUCACCGGAAACGACGAUUACAGUCGAAUGUUGCGCAGAGCUCUGAUGCGUUAUCUGAAUCUCUCGUUGAUACUCGUUUUACGUUCCAUAAGCUCGGCGGUGAAGAGACGAUUUCCUACUCUCGAUCACGUCGUUGAUUCCGGCUUCAUGACCGCGCUGGAGCUCCAAUUGUACCAAUCGGUGCCGAGUGUCGAGUUUAAUACCUAUUGGAUACCGUGUACAUGGUUCAUUAAUCUUCUCAAGGAGGCACGCAAGAAUCGCCGGAUAUCCGAUGCGCAAGGUUUAAAGCUGAUAAUGGAGGAAUUUAAUGAAUUUCGAACGAAGUGCGGCCUUUUGUGGAGCUACGAUUGGGUGUCAAUUCCUUUGGUGUACACUCAAGUGGUGACACUCGCCACUUACAGUUUCUUCGCGGUUGCCAUAAUCGGCCGACAAUACAUCGAGGGUGUCGAGAGACAAUUCCAAUUGAAGAUAGACAAAUACGUGCCAAUUUUCACAAUUCUGCAGUUUUUCUUCUUCAUGGGAUUGCUAAAGGUAGCCGAACAGCUGAUAAAUCCAUUCGGCGACGAUGAUGAGGAUUUCGAGCUAAACUGGCUGAUCGAUCGUCACACCAAGGUAUCGUACCUCGGAGUGGAUACGCUGAUGAACCGCUGUCCGCCACUUGUAAAGGAUAUCUACUAUGAUUCUGAAAACGUGAGUCUACCAUAUACAGAAGCUGCCGCGGCGUACAAGAAGAAGACCUAUCGCGGUAGCGUAGCAAACAUGACGGUACCUGAGGAGAAACAGAUGAUGUUUUUGCCUGGAAUUUUGGAAGAAGAGGAGGAACCCACGAUUAUGACGCCUCGCACUUCCACCCUUAGUUUAGCGAAUCCGAACGAAAGUCCAGUGUACGAUAGGCGGAAUCCAGCACUUGCAAAUAUACACAAGAUCAGCGGGUCCCCUUCAACAUCUGCGAAGAUGGCUCGCAAUUGUUCCGAAACGGUUGUGCAUCUGGAUGAUCAAGCGCAACCGCCGGCUGCCACGGAGCAGCGACGGGUAAUAGCCGAAGCCGUCAGGAAGUUCUCUUCUUUAACGAAGAGUUCAGCGAAUCGCGCCGGGAAACCUUUUUACCCGGUUUUAACAAAACCAUCCAGAUCGGUGCUGAGUCCCUGGCCGAGUGCGACGAGUAUCUCGUACCCCGUUCAGAUUCCCACAUCGGCUUUUAUCGAUACUGGAGGAGGCGUCUGGAUGAAGGAUUCGUUCAGGAGCUUAUAUCGUCGGCCCUCCCUAGAGGAUUCCGAGGGACGACCUAGCAUCUCAUCGCAAGGUGAGGCAAACCAGGAAGGUGUCAUGAACUCGGCGUUCACUAAGGAGAGGAUGGACGAUAUAUCGGAUAUCUGCGGCUGUGAUGACACGGGAGAAGAUGAUGAUGGCUCUGGCCCUUCACAUUGGUCUCAAUGUAGACAAGUUUCUUGUAAAUCAUCGACUCCAGAGACGAUUGAUAUGUCUGUGAUCGGAGGUGAGCCAAGUCAUUCGAGCAACGAGAGAUCUCCGAAGAAGUAUCUAAUGAUCAAAAGACACCGAUCAGCCAGCGAUUCCAAGAAGAAGAAGGGUAUUCACUGGCAGACAAAGUUAUCCGGCAAAUCAUUGAAAUUCCGCAGAAGAACCACCGACAGCAUACCUACGGUGAGCGAGAUCCUGAGUCAAACCUGGAGCUCGCCGAAUCUGAAGGAGUUGGAGGAGCAGGCGAAGUCCGCGCAAAGUGCUAAAGUUAAUCUUCCUUGCAAGCAAGAAGAAGAUUCUAAGUUAUAAAUAUAUUUCGCAGGUAAUGUUUCCAUGUCUAAAUAAAGAAUUUAUGACAAUCUUAAAGAAAUAUUCCUAACGAGAGUCUUUCAUAGAAAAAUUAUGUUUCUGCUGAACUUUUUGAUUAUUGUACUUAUUCAAUAAAUUGUCAAAAGUUAUAAUAUAAUUAGAUAAUAAGAGAAAUGUACUAUUUGAUAACUAGCGACAUAAAAUGUUCUGCUUACAUUGGUUUAACACUUUAAUUUAAUUAUAAUUGAGGAGUAUCAGCACACAUUCAGGUAUUAUCAUAUUUAUAUGUAAAUAUUGUAAAUAUAAUAUAUAUAAUGUAAAAAAUUAUAGAAUAUAAAAUGUAUCUCGUUAUAAAAA